AUGGCGGUUCGGCGUUCCGCCCGCCUGCGUUCCCAGGGAACUCCCGAUAGCGAUGAAUCUAGUCCUCACCCGACCGUGAUUACUCAACUUUCAUCUGUUGAGGAACAGGAUGAGAGGCCAAGCAACCAGCCUGCCGUCCGCACACCGGUCACCAAGAAGACCACUCAGAAACGGACUUUCACAAACUCGCAGCAGAAGCCUAAGGAGGCAAGAACCCCCACUAGCACAUCCGCUGCUCGCCCAUCUACGCAAGAGAUGCACCCUAGCAAGGCACACCAAAGCACUACAAAGAAAGUAGAUUCAGGCCUAAUCCUCGGCUUCAAUCCCAUCAAGAGAGAUGCGGCUGGGAACAUCUUGAAGGAUGGCAUAGUUGAAAACACACCCUCCAAGACCAAGCUCUCACCUGCAGGUACCCAGUUUGGCACACCUGGCUAUGAAUUCAAAUUUGGACAAGAGGCGGAGCUCAGCAAUGACGCCCAGCAACUGAUGGAAAAAAUUCGCCAGGAAGCCAGAGAGGCCAGGGCCAAAAUGGGGCCGAUCAAACCAGAGGAACGGGAUCAUGCGACUCAGGCCGAACGUAAAAUCGCAAAGCCAAGGGGUCAGGCGGGACGAUUUAGCGACGUGCACAUGUCCGAAUUCAGGAAAAUGGACUCGAUUGCCAAUCACCCUUCCUCUUUCCGGGCUACUCCGGGUCGCUUCCAGCCUGUGACAAAGUCACUGAAACGGAAAAAGUCCAAAGCUCAGCUGGACGAACCCGAAACUCAACCAGAAUCGCCAUCUCGAUCCUCCUCGGCAAAGCCAUCGGCCGUGCCCAUUCCUACUGUCACUGCUAAGCGCGCAAAGCACAACGCCGGGGAUGAUACAGCAGCCAGACGUGCAGAUGCUGAAGUAGUUGAAAAGAAGGAAGACGCUGCACCGAAGCCUGCUGCCAAGCUCGCUGGCCCUCGACCUCGCGCCAUCCGCAGUUCUUUGAUGACUCCGACUCGGUCCUCCAUGGCACGCUCUACAUCGAUUACCAUGAGCCUCAAGGCCCCCAAAACAUCAUUGAUUCCUUCUUUGGCACGCUCCCCUUCUACCCAGGCUUUAGCAUCUCCGCGCACCCCUCGGACUGAUUUCAACCCGCGCUUCAAGACCAACCUGCCCAGUUUUAGCAAUCUCAAGUCUAUCCUCCGCAGACGCCAGCCAUUGUUCUCCCGUAACCCUGCGAAGAUAGCUGCUGGUACCCAUGUCGCUCCCCCUGACUUCAAUCACGACUUGCUCUUCGGCAAAAAUGACCAAAGUGACGCCGCCCCGACUCCGUCGCCGAAGAAGCACGUUGAAUUCACCCCUAGCGUCAAGUCUCGCCAUGAGUUUACUGAGGCCUCUCCCAGCCGGUCCAGGAUCCCCACUACUCCGUCCCGAUCAAACCUGUCCAAGAUCGUCUACCCAACUCUCCCCGCUCUUACUCCUGAGCAUAAAUCAACUACUGAGGAGACCAGCACUACUCCCACCCACUCACCCUCUGUUCGUCAUGUUCGCAACUCAGAUAAUGGUGACUUGGAACCUGUAUGGCCUGAGCUCCCCGUCGUGGCCCACGGAGUUUCCCAUGGACUCAGCAACAAAAAGAGACGCCGGGACGAUGUUGACGAUGACGAUCUUCCUAAUGCUGAAAAUUCCGAAAAUGUGCCACCCGCUGACACCCAGUCCGACGAGCGUGGAGCGAAGAGAAUGAAGGCGAACCCGCCUACCCCCAGCCCCGUCAAAUCACGUCCUAUGAAGACUCCCAAUCGGUCUGUCUCCUCCAUUCGUUUCGGUACCCCGACCAGUACGAAGCAGAAGCGUCCAGGUAUGCUCAGUCUGAGUCGUCUGAACAUGCUGGCCAAGCCAAAGGGACGUGCUUAA